AUGGAUGCACCGCUCCCCGCACGUUUCGAACCGGAUGCUGCUUCGGUCGGAUGUGACGAUAACGGAACUACUCCGCCGCCUUUAGACCCCUUUACGGCUCUUGCUCGCUAUGAAAUCGAAGCUGGCCGCGGUAAUGAGGGCACAAAAGUGCUCAUGGUAGAGUGGGAGGACGUUCGAAAAGGAGGAGAACCUCGUCGAGAUUGGCAUGUGUCAUGGCCAGGCAAGAGAACCGUGCUUCCUGCAGAGGAACAAUCUGAUUCUACAUACCGUCUCUACUUUUUAAUUCCCCCUGGGGACCCUAUUCCCCCAACGGUUACAGUUUCGCAUGUGUCUUCGUCCAACACUGAGUCCAAGGACAAUGAUACGAGCGGGGCGGACCAGGACACGAUACGCAUAAACCCUUUGCCCGCGAUUUUCCCGCCGCAGCUGGGUCUUUCUGUGCAAACAUCGGGGCGAAAAGGUGUAUACCAUACAAUAUGGGCAAAGAAGCGCCUGUCUGUCCUUCAAAGGGAGAUUGAUCAUGAAAUGCAGGCGAACAUCGAGGGUGUGGCAUUGGAAAUGGCGAUGCAAGAAAAGGACUGGAUUGAGAAAACGUUUGGAAUUUCCUCCCGGCCAUUGAGCAUCGCCAUUCCCAAUCCUGGACUCGGCAACCGUCCUUUGACACCUCUGAGCCCAGGCAGUCCCCGAUCACCUGGGGGAAGCCGUUUGUCGGAGAUGCUGAGAGGCUUGAAGAUCGGUACGACCGAGGAGGAGCUCAGUACAAGGCGCCAAGCCAACCACGGUUCCUCUUCACUCAAGCUGGAAACACCGCUGGAGGCCGACGCUCACGAUGAUCCAUCAAACGAGUCCCAUCCGUUUUCACCAGAGGCGGCCGAUGUCGCCAUUUCCUCUUUCAGCACGUUUCAUGGAACCGAUGCACCUAGACCUCAAACUCAUAAUAAUGGGCCACUCAAAAGGUUUGUCGCCCAGUCGCCACCUCUGUCGGUCCAGCAACAGCAACGGCAAAACAACGGUCUUGCUUCACUGGAUGCAGCCAUCCUCCCAUCUGAACCUUUUCUCCCUCCGCCACCGCCACCACCACCAUCAGCAGCAUUGGGCGGCAUGAAUCGGCUGCAAGAAGAAGAGGACGACCUUUUCGCCAAGCCUCUGAGUCCGCGGAGUCCUGAUAUGCCCAAAAGUCCAUUUUCUUUUGCCACUGCAGACACAUUUGCCUACAUCAAAGGAGCAAAGUCUUGA